AUGUAUUACUCAGAUACUGAGAAAAACUGGAAGAUGGCCGAGCAGGAUGAAAGAUAUGACCUUUUCCUCGAUAUGAUGAGUGAAAAUGCCAGAGAAGUCGAACUUAAUUUCAUGGAGAACUAUUACCUGGCCAGAGCUUACAAGAACGUCACCAACGACCUCAAGGCCAAGGCCAAAGCGACGUCUGAUGAAAGAAAAAGAACUCAUAUACAGAUGGAAUUCAUGGAAAAAUGGCGUGAUAUGAUCAUGUUGCUAACUGACCACCUCUUCAAAUCGGCCAAGUCGAACGAAGCCAAUGUAUUAUAUCAAAUGAUUCACAGUGCAGGUAACACCCACGGUUAUAUUGCCGGCUUCAUCAAGGAAGAGCCUGAUGCCCGUGGAGAGUUCCCUGAAGAGUGGGGAACCGUCGAAAAAGCCCAAAGUUAUUAUGACGAGGCCUGGAAACUUGCGAAACCUAUGCCUCUUACACACCCCUUUCGCCUGGGACUGGACCUUGACUACUCUAUUUUCUUGCACGACGUUGUCGGAUCUCCUGAUAAAGCUAUCAGUUGGGCUAAGGCGGCCAUGAAGAACACCGAUGUGGAGGACAAAAGCUUUUUGAAUGAACACUUGGCUACCACUGAUGAGCAGGUUCCGCAAUCAGAAGCGAGAUUCAAUGCCAGACCUGAUGCCAUUCAUCAACUGUGGGAGCAAAUUGUGAUGUGGGAGCCAACGUACAGCCGGAAAUCGCAAACAUGA